GAGGAGGACGAUUUGGAAGAAGAAGCGAUUAGCAAAGGCACUAGUUGUAGGGUGACGUGGCCAACAGGCGCAUAAUGAAGAGGAGCUUUUGGAUUUCCUAGUUCUUCGAGACGGAGAUUCAAAGGAGACGAACCUCCCAUCUGCUUCUUUGCCAUGUCUGGAUCUACUCAGCCCGUGACGCAGAACUGGCGAGCCACCGAGCCACGCUAUCCCCCUCACGCCAUGUCCUAUCCUGUUCAGAUCAGUCGGACACAUGCGGAUGUGGGUCUGUUAGAGUAUCAGCAUCAUCCCAGGGAUUACACUUCCCACCUACCACCUGGAUCUAUUAUGCAGCCGCAGCGGAGGAGGCCUUCCUUGCUGUCUGAAUUCCAGCCAGGGAAUGAAAGGUCGCAGGAGUUACACCUGAGAGCCGAGCCCCACUCCUAUCUCUCUGACAUGAGCAAACAGUCAGAAAUAGAGUUCAUUGAAACAAAACGACCGCGGCUAGACCUGCUGCAAGACUCGCUGAUGCGGCACUCGCCUCUACUUAACCAAAAUCAGCAGGGAGGGACGGAAGAUCUCUCAAAGGAGCGAAGCCUGACGGGCAAGCUGGGACCCGUGUCUCCGGUCAGCCCCGCCCACCCUGACUCGGAGCUGGAUCUGUUACCCUCCAGGCUCUCGAAGGAGGAGCUGAUCCAGAACAUGGACCGAGUGGAUCGGGAGAUUACCAUGGUGGAACAGCAGAUCUCCAAGCUGAAAAAGAAACAGCAACAGUUGGAGGAGGAAGCAGCCAAACCACCAGAGCCUGAGAAACCGAUGUCACCCCCGCCUAUUGAGUCCAAGCACCGCAGCUUAGUGCAGAUAAUCUAUGAUGAGAACAGGAAAAAAGCAGAAGCGGCCCACAGGAUCCUGGAAGGACUGGGUCCCCAAGUGGAACUGCCAUUAUACAACCAGCCUUCAGACACCAGGCAGUACCAUGAAAACAUUAAAAUAAACCAGGCAAUGCGGAAGAAGUUAAUUUUGUACUUUAAGAGGAGAAAUCAUGCUCGUAAACAGUGGGAACAGAAGUUUUGCCAGCGCUAUGACCAGCUGAUGGAAGCCUGGGAAAAGAAAGUGGAGCGCAUUGAAAAUAACCCCCGGCGCCGUGCCAAGGAGAGCAAAGUGCGGGAGUACUAUGAGAAGCAGUUCCCAGAGAUCCGGAAGCAGCGGGAACUGCAGGAGCGCAUGCAGAGGGUAGGACAGAGGGGCAGCGGUCUCUCCAUGUCGGCCGCACGCAGCGAACACGAGGUGUCAGAAAUUAUUGAUGGGCUCUCGGAACAAGAGAACCUGGAGAAGCAGAUGCGCCAGCUAGCCGUCAUCCCCCCCAUGCUAUACGAUGCUGACCAGCAGCGCAUUAAAUUCAUCAACAUGAACGGCCUGAUGGACGACCCCAUGAAGGUGUAUAAGGACCGGCAGGUGAUGAACAUGUGGAGCGAACAGGAGAAGGAGACCUUUCGGGAAAAGUUCAUGCAGCAUCCAAAGAAUUUUGGUGUGAUUGCUUCAUUUUUGGACAGGAAGACGGUGGCAGACUGCGUGCUCUAUUACUACCUGACCAAGAAGAGUGAGAACUACAAGAACCUGGUGAGGAGGAAUUAUCGACGAAGGGGGAAGAAUCAGCAGCAGCAGCAGCAGCAGAUGCCCCGUAGCAGCCAAGAGGAGAAGGAUGAAAAAGAGAAAGAAAAGGAGAAGGAGGCAGAGAAGGAGGAAGACAAACAGGAAGCAGAAAACGACAAAGAAGAACUGACAAAGGAGAAGAAUGACGACACGUCCGGGGAGGAUAACGACGAGAAAGAAGCCGUCGCUUCCAAAGGGCGUAAAACCGCCAACAGUCAGGGCAGGCGCAAAGGCCGCAUCACCCGUUCCAUGGCUAACGAGGCCAACCACGAGGAGGCAGCCGCUCCUCAGCAGAACACAGAGCUGGCUUCUUUGGAGAUGAAUGAAAGUUCUCGCUGGACAGAGGAAGAAAUGGAAACGGCCAAAAAAGGUCUCCUUGAACAUGGGCGGAACUGGUCGGCCAUUGCCAGGAUGGUGGGCUCCAAGACUGUGUCGCAGUGCAAAAACUUCUAUUUCAACUACAAGAAAAGACAGAACCUGGACGAGAUCCUACAGCAGCACAAACUAAAAAUGGAGAAAGAAAGGAACGCAAGGCGGAAGAAGAAGAAAGCCCCUGCCGUUCAGAAUGAAGAAGCUGCCUUCCCUCCCACUGCAGAGGACGAGGAGAUGGAGGUAUCGGGGACAAGCGGCAACGAAGAGGAGAUGGCCGAGGAGGCGGAAGCUGCAGUAAAUCACAGCUCGGAUACCGAGAGUAUUCCCUCGCCGAGGCCUGAAGCCAAAGAAAGUGGAGAGAAUGGGCCCAAGCCCACGCCUGGGCCUGGGAGAGACUCCGGUCCAGAACCUGCCCUCAAGGCGGAGGAUGCUGAUGCUGCUACUGCAGCUAAUCCCACCGCUGCCACCACCCCACAGCCCCAGGAGGCAGCUGCUGAGCCAGCCAGCAGUGAGGAGAAGCCGCAGGAGGAGCUGGUGGUAGACGUGGUGAAAACGGAGGAGCCGGAGGAGAAGCCAAGCGAGGAGCCCUGCAAGAGCGAAAUCAAAAAGGAGGAGACCGAGGACUGCCCGGAGGGAGACAAGGCGAGCGACAAGAAAACCGAGAGCGUCAGCAGCGCGGCGGGAGCAGAGGCGGCGUCCAAAGCUGAGAAGAAGGAGAGUCAUAAACCAGGCAAAGCCGCCGGGCUCAACCCCGACAGCGACUCCAGCGCCACCUGCAGCGCAGACGAGAUGGACGAGCAGGAUGCCGUGGACAAAAACAGGCUGCUGUCUCCGAGGCCCAGCCUCCUCAACGCUGCCACCGAUGCCAGGCUGAACUCUUCGCCUCAGAAACCAUUGGACCUGAAGCAGCUGAAGCAGAGAGCUGCUGCCAUCCCCCCCAUUAUUUCUGAGGGAUUCCCAGACGGGACGUUACAGAGCGAAAGCAUGAAGCCUCAGGUGCCUCACCACGCCUUGGCCCUCUACCAGCAGCAGAUCACUAAAGCCCAUGAAUCUGCCCGGGACGACGUGGCCCAGAGCAAGCAGCAGCCUGAGCAGGAGCAGCAGGCAAGCAGUAGCCCCAGGGGGAAGAGCAGGAGCCCAGCUAUGGGUGACAAAGAAGAAAAACCAGUGCCUUUCUCGUCACUUGCAGAGGGACCGAAGCUAAGCGGAGAGCAGACAGCCACGUCGUGCUGGCCCCCUGUGCUGCCAUACCAAGUGUCCUCUAGGGAUGUGAUCAAAACCUCCCCGCAAGCUGAGCCACAUGUGUUUCAGUAUAACCUGCCAGCUCACCCAAUCCCAUUAAAUUUGCACGAGAGCUCUCGGUCUGGGCUACAAAGAUUGUCCAACAUCUCCAAUCCUCCCCCUCUCAUCUCUUCCACCAAACACCCAUCUGUUCUGGAGCGGUCCAUCGGCUCCAUUUCCCAGGGGGUGCCCAUUCAGCUCCAUACGCCGUACAGCUCUGAGCAUGCAAAAGUUCCCGUUGGCUCCAUCACCAUGGGCCUGCCAUUGACUAUGGAUCCUAAGAAACUGGUGCCUUUUCCUGGAGUAAAGCAGGAACAACUUUCUCCUAGAAGCCAGGCCAACCAGCCUGAAAGUCUGGUAAUGCAGACGUCCCAAGAGAGCUCCAUCCUGAGGGGGGCAUCGCUGGGCUCAACCCCAGGAGGGAGCAUCAGCAAGGGGCUCCCAAGUGCCAGGCCUCCGUCGGAAUCGCCCAUCACCUAUCGAGGAUCCAUCACGCACGGCACCCCAGCUGAAGUGCUGUACAAAGGAACCAUUACCAGACUGAUCGGAGAAGACAGCCCCGGCAGAGCAGAGAAGGCGAGAGAGGAUGCCUUGACCAAAGGACAUGUCAUCUACGAAGGGAAGAAGGGCCACGUGCUCUCCUAUGACGGUGGAGUCGGUGCUUCCCAGUGCCCCAAGGAGGACAGCAGAAGCGCUGGCGCUUCUCAUGAGACCACUGGUACCAAACGGACCUACGAUAUGAUGGAGGGGAGGAUCAGCCGGGGUUUGCCAGCGCGCGAUCUGUCGUCCACUAGCAUUGAAGGUCUAAUGGGUCGAGCGAUCCCCCCCGACAGACACAGUCCCCAUAACUUAAAGGAGCAGCAUCAUAUCCGGGGCUCAAUUACACAAGGAAUCCCGCGAUCCUACGUGGAGGGCCACGAGGACUACCUCAGAAGAGAAGCCAAACAGCUCAAGAGGGAGAACACUCCCCCAAGGGACUUGUCCGACACUUACAAAGUCAGGCCUCACGAGGGCCUCGCUCCCUUGAAAAUGAAAGCAGCUCACGAAGGCCUCGUUGCCACCGUGAAGGAAGCAGGAAGAUCGAUCCACGAGAUUCCCAGGGAAGAGUUAAGGCGCACGCCUGACAUCCCGGUGGCAGCAAGGCCUCUGAAGGAAGGAUCCAUCACACAGGGUACCCCGCUGAAAUACGACAGCAACUCUUCUUCAGUAAGUGCCAAAAAGCAUGAUGUCCUGUCGAUCAUCGGGAGCCCAGGGAGGACUUUUCACUCUGUGCACUCGCUGGACGUCAUGCAAGACCCAAGGACUCUGGAAAGAGUUUGUUACGAGGAGAGCCUGAAAAGCAGGCCCAGCCCAGUUACAAACUCCGGAGGUUCAAUUACCAGGGGAGCCCCCGUGAUUGUCCCUGAGCCCGGAAAGCCUCGCCGUAGCCCGCUUACCUACGAGGACCACGGGGCAGCGUUUAGUAGCCAUCUGCAUCGAGGUUCUCCGGUAUCCACAAGGGAGUCGACCCCAAGGCAGCAUGAAGGGAGCAUCACGGCUGGGAAGCCGGUGUCCCAGGACAGAAAGAUCACCCCCACGACAAGAGACAUCACCAAUUCCAAGUCUCCUCACGCUACUCUAUCGGACCAUCACCAUCCCAUCUCCCCCUACGAACAUUUACUCCGGGGAAUGAGUGGUGUCGAUUUGUACAGAGGACACAUUCCAUUGGCCUUCGACCCCGCUGCAAUUCCCAGAGGAAUUCAACUGGAAGCAGCUGCUGCUUACUACUUGCCCAGACAUCUCACUCCAAGCCCGACGUACCCCCAUCUCUACCCUCCAUACCUCAUCAGAGGGUAUCCAGACACUGCCGCCAUGGAGAACAGGCAGACCAUCAUCAACGACUACAUCACCUCCCAGCAGAUGCACCAGAACGCCGCCGCCACUGCCAUGGCUCAGAGGGCGGACAUGCUGCGCGGACUUUCGCCCCGAGAACCCUCGCUGGCUCUCAACUAUGCUGCAGGUCCUCGAAGGAUCAUCGACCUAUCCCAAGUGCCGCACCUGCCCGUCCUCGUGCCCCCCACACCUGGCACCUCCGCCGCCUCAAUGGACCGAAUCACGUACAUCCCCAGCGCCCCCCAGACAUUUAGCAGCCGGCACAGCAGCUCCCCACUCUCCCCAGGAGGCCCCACGCACAUGACCAAACAGACAGGAGCAUCGGCGUCCGAACGGGAACGAGAUCGGGAGCGCGAGAGGGAGCGUGAGAAAUCCUUCCUAGCCGCCACCACUGUGGAGCAUGCACCUAUCUGGAGACCAGGGACCGAGCAAAGCAGCAGCCGUUCAGCCACUCAUUCUCACAGCCACCAGCACUCUCCCGCCUCACCCCGCACCCAUGAGACCGUCCAGCAGCGCCCCAGCGUUCUGCACAACACGGGCAUGAAGGUCAUCUCGUCGGAGAGCCUCACCCCGUCGGUUCUGCGAUCCUCCACCACCACCACCACAUCGCCCAUCCGCUCUGCAGGCUUUCCCACGGCAUCCGCCCUGCGCUGCUCGCUCGGUGGAGUGGACAGCUAUGCAGCCAUGAUGGACCCUGCUCUCCUACAGAAAGAGGCGUCCAGGGCCCGAGAAGCCAAGGUAGAACGCCCUCAGACUGACAACAACAUGUUCACCUCAAAGCUGCCCAGUGGGGCAGGCCUAGAACAGUCAUCAUCACCUAUUAAAGCCAUGGAGUCCAGGCCCUUACCAGCCUCCGGGCCAGGUUCUACCCAGCAGUAUAGCAGAGGACAGGGGAAAAACCAGCACCAUCAUCCACCCCUGGAUCAGCAGCACGCAGUCUCGGUCAAUGAGCAGCACAGUAGAGAAAAGAAUCAAAGUAAAUCCUUUUCAAUGCAGGAACAGGAGCUCCGAGCACUCGGUAAGACCACCAUGACAGCGGCCAGCUUCAUAGAUGUGAUUAUCAUGCGUCAAAUUUCUUGCGAUAAGGGGAAGCGAGAAAGACGCUCGCUAAAUAACGACUCCACUAGUGAUGGGUUCCACGGAGGCUACAGCCCUGAUGGCGUUGAAGCAGUAAGCCCGGCGAGCUCACCCAGCGUCUCCCACGAGAAAGGGGCAAAGGUGCUGCCGGAUGUGGAGAAAGGGCACGGGGAGCACAACGUGAGACAAAAACAGCAAGCCUCCCUGAAGCUCUCUGCAGCAGAAGCAGCUCACAUGCAGCACCUGCGCCAGUUGCCCGAAGGCCAGCAAUCCCCAUGCCAGCUGCUGCAGUCGUCCCAGAACAUCAAAGGCCACCAGCAGCGGGUGGUCACGCUGGCUCAGCACAUCAGCGAGGUUAUCACACAAGACUACACGCGCCAUCAUCCUCAGCAGCUCAACUCCCACCUCCAGACCCCGGUGUACUCCUUCCCUGGGGCCAUGUGUCCCGUGCUGGACCUGCGAAGGACGCCCAGUGAGGCUUACAUCCAGCCGCAGGAGCAUGCUCCGGCCUCCAGAAUCUCCCCGCAGAGCGAGGGAGACAAGAGAUCUCCUGAGCAGAGCAAAGCGUCUGUGGGGAGUGCACCAGAUGACUGCAUCGAGCCUGUCUCGCCACCAGACGGCAUGGGAGAGCCGGAGCACACAAGGAGCACCUCGUACCCAAUCUUGUACCGAGAGGGAGAACAGUCAGAGCAGAGAAUGGGUUCCAAAUCCCCAGGAAACAACACCCAGCCCCCAGCCUUCUUCAGCAAACUGACCGAGAGCAACUCCGCCAUGGUGAAAUCCAAGAAGCAGGAGAUCAUCAAAAAGCUCGGCACGACCAACAGGAGCGAAACGGAGUACAAUGUUGGACAGCCUGGGACAGAGAUUUUCAACAUGCCAGCAAUUACUGGAGCAGGGCUAAUCAGUUGUAGAAGCCAGUCGGUUCAAGAAAAUUCCAGUACCAACAUGGGGUUGGAGGCAAUAAUUAGGAAGGCCCUAAUGGGUAAAUAUGACGAGCAGUGGGAAGAGCGCUCGCCUCUCAGUGCCAAUGCCAAUGCUUUUAACUCUCUGAAUGCCAGUGCAAGCGUGCCCGCUGCUAUGCCCAUAACCGCUGCUGACGGACGGAAUGACGACAUGCGCUCCUUGCCAGGAGGAGGAGGAGGGAAGCCAAAGAUUGCUGCCAGACCUAACAGCCGCAAGGCCAAGUCUCCAGCGCCGGGCCUGUCCUCCGGAGAGAGACCACCAUCUGUUUCUUCCGUUCAUUCGGAGGGGGACUGUAACAGGAGGACACCGCUAACCAGUCGAGUCUGGGAGGACAGGCCUUCGUCUGCAGGUUCCACGCCAUUUCCAUACAAUCCACUGACAAUGAGGCUUCCAACCGGCGUGGUGACAGCCCCGCCGCCAGCGUCCAUUCCACAAGGGAACUCCAUCGGCCAGCACCACGCCUGGGAGGAGGAGCCCAAGCCCCUGCUCUGCUCCCAGUACGAAACGCUCUCAGACAGUGAAUGAACGAAAGAGAGGGAGGAGAAGAGUGGACACGCGUGGGUAACGAGCUGGCCAAGGUGAACUCCGACCGUAUCAGUCCAUGGCGCUGUCAGCAAAGAAGCCGGAGCAGCGCUUUUCCAAUCGGUCCAUUUCUCACAUCAGGAAAUUUCUGAAUCCUCUUCAGUCUAAAGCCUUAAGACAGCCAGCUGGAACCCAGCCUAGUUCUCUUUCCAGCACUGGUGUCCUCACGCAGCAGCUGAGAGCUUGAGAUACAGUCUGUGAACAGCUGAUGGGAGGUGGGAGGAAGCUCCAAAGGAGGCAAUCGCUCACUGAAUCCCAGUUGUUUACUCAGGGGAGACCAGCUGGUGCUCCAGUUCUACUCCUUAGAUUCGUUGAGAACGAGGAAACCCAUGUUGGGAGGAGAGCGAGCGUGCUUGGGUGCAUGUGCAUAUACUAUAUGUGUGUGCGCCUAGGCACACAUAUAGCGUGUAUUCUCUGCCUGCACACCCGUGUUGCCUGCUAUCGAGUACUUGAAAUAGGAUUAGACUGCCCUCCCCCAGCCUCCAGGUUGUUCCAUGCAUUUAUCAGCCCACAGGCUGCGCCACUGAAUUAUAAAAUCAAAGGGGCCCCAUUUUGUUCCUCUUGGGCUGCUUGGGAUGUUCCUUUUACAGGCAUCCCCUGCAUGGGAUUAACUUCCCCAGCAGGCCCCGGAAAAGCUUAAACAAAUAAAAAUUACGGGGGGGGAGGGAACUAAGGAUCCAUUUAACAACAACAACAAAAGUCCUUCUGAGCGAGAAAUCCUUGGUUUAUCUUGUAAUCAAAAGAAGUUCCCCAUAUUGUGGUGCAUUAAUCUGCAGCUGAAGGGACUCCAUUGCUCGAAGUGCAUUGUUUCCCGAAUGGUGAGAAAAAGCAAUUGUAAAUGAUGUAUUGGUCUACAGGGUAUAUUUUUGAUACCUUCAGUGAAUUAUGUCAAGAUGUUUGACGUGAGGAAGGACUUAAAACAGUGUUACGUGCUGCUUUCAGUCUCGGCUCCUGGAAAAGAGGUUCUGUUAUUGCGUGCAAGAUUUGACGAGUUUGUCCAUUGUAUGGAAAUGUAAAAAAGGUCUCGUUGAUCCAUCACAGUUGUCUGUACGUCAGUAGAAUGUAUUAACUUAGUUAAAAAAAAAAAAAUGUUGCCACAA